CCUAUUCUUCUUCUUCGUACUCACAACAAAUUAAAUGACACUUGUCUUAUUUUCAUUUAAAUCUCAUAGCCAUAGCUGAGACCAAAUGAUAUAAAUAACCCACCAGCAAAUAAACUCGUGGAGAUUAAAAGACACAUAGCUUAAGCUAAUCAGCGAGUUGUGAUUGAGGGAGGAAGGCCAUGGAAAUGGAGAGCAGAUCAUCAGUGGAACCUAAAAUGGAAGAACCACAGAUACAUGCUUUACGCAGAGACUGGGUCUCCUUCAAGAACUUCUUCAAGACCGCCGGCGAUCCCCGGGAUCUGAUCCGGCCCUUCAAUCUGGCCGGAAACACCGCGAUUCAUGUUGCGGCUCGAUCGUCCGACGACCCCGGCCUCGUCCGGGAGCUUCUGGACAUGCUUCCAGAAGACUCGUAUCAUCGCCGGCGAGCGUUGAGGGAAGGUGAUGCUCACAAGAACACGCUUCUGCACCAAGUGGUUUUCUGCGAGCGAGCGAAAAUGGUGGACGCCAUGUUGGAGUACGAGACGGAAAGAAGCUGAAACAGGACGGCGAUGGGAGUCUGUUGGAGCUGCGGAACGACCUCGGCGAACUCCGGUUUACAGAGCCGCCAAGUACGGCAAGCUCAGGAUUUUGAAGCGCAUGGAGCGAUAUGUAGAUGAUAUGCAGAAACACUUCUAUAGAUACUCAGACCUCACUUCAAUCCUUCACAUCGCUAUCAUUGGCCGGCAAUUUGAUGUAGCAGCGUGGUUAAUGAGACAGAAAGGCAUAGAGAAAGUAGCAUUCGCAGACGUAGAGAUCAUGAAUGAGGAAAUAAAGCGUUUCAAGGGAUGCAGCGAUGAGAAGGGUGAAGAGAAUGAUUAUAGAUUGAGCUGUCUUCAACUGCUUUCAAGGAUGCCUUCUGUUUUCAGGAGCUAUAAUUCCCAGGCGCCAUUUCUGCACAACCUCCUUUAUCUUUAUAUGUUAUCUCUCAAAAUUAUGCUAUUACCUUUCUUCUAA